CAGGCGCAACUCAGGGUGUAGAGGGAAUAAUCUUCAACUAUUAUACAAUUUUUGGGAAACGUAUUGCGACCUUUCUGAACAUUUAGUACCAUGUGAGAUUCAUUUCUCAAUAAGAACACCAACUAAAUUAUAAUUCGAACUGUAAAACUUAGGAACGAAGAAUUUCAAACCGAAGCAUGGACGAUGAGAGGAGAUACAGUUUUGAGACAGGAGAAAGAAACACUUUCGGAGUGGUGGAUUAUGUUCUGUUCGCCCUACUACUCUGUGUCUCCGCAAGCAUCGGUCUAUUUUACGCCAUCAAAGACAGAAAGAAUCAGAACACCAAGGAUUUCCUAUUAGCGGGAGGGAACAUGAGCGCCACUCCUGUAGCCUUGUCCCUCCUGGCCAGUUUCAUGUCCGCCAUUACGUUACUAGGGACGCCAGCCGAGAUGUACAACUACACGACCUCCUACUUUUGGAUUGGACUUGGCUAUUUCUUCACUAUCGGAUUAGCUGCUCAUAUAUAUAUACCAGUCUUUUACAACCUUGGAGUAACAAGUGUCUAUCAGUACCUGGAAAUGAGAUUCGGUAGACCUACACGCUCGCUGAUAUCCGUUGUCUACGUCAUACAGAUGGUUCUCUACAUGUCCAUUGUGCUAUAUGCUCCGUCCUUGGCCAUGAAUGCUGUGACCGGCUUCACGUUGUGGGGAUCUGUGUGGGCAGUCGGCCUCGUCUGUAUCUUCUACACUACCAUUGGUGGUAUGAAGGCGGUGCUGUGGACUGACACGUUCCAGGUAGGAGUUAUGCUGGCAGGUCUUUGCACCAUCCUUAUCCAGGGUUCAAUCGAGGUGGGAGGAUUCUCCAAAGCAUGGCAAUAUUCUGUUGACAGUGGCAGAAUCCUGUUUGACGAUUUCAACCCUGACCCUAUCGUACGUCAUAGUGUCUGGUCGUGCGUGUUUGGAGGUGCGAUAACCUGGUUGGCGGUGUAUGGGGCAAAUCAGGCGCAGAUCCAACGUGCCAUUACGUGCCCCACGUUGAGAAAGGCACAGAUGGCCUACUGGUUCAACUUCCCUGGUCUGUGUGUCAUUCUCUACCUGUGUUGUUUUAUUGGUACCGUAGCCUAUGCCUUCUACCGAACAUGUGAUCCCAAGACCUUCGGCCUCAUCACCGCAUCUGAUCAGUUACUGCCACUUUUCGUCAUGGACGUUUUGGGAAAGAUGCCUGGUGUUCCUGGAAUAUUCGUGUCGUGUAUCUUCAGUGGAGCUCUGAGUACACUGUCGUCCGGCCUUAACUCGAUAGCCGCUGUCCUGCUGGAGGACGUGGUCAAGGUCUUCUGUGUGUCGGACCUCAACGAACAGAGGGCCACUAACGCUUCAAAACUGAUCGCUUUGGUAUCAGGGUUUAUAUGCCUCGGUCUGACGUACGUGGCCUCCAUGCUGGGCGGAGUUCUACAGGCUGCCCUAGCAUUGUUCGGAAUGCUGGGAGGACCUAUACUCGGCGUGUUCACUCUCGGAAUCAUUUUUCCCUGGGCCAAUCAAAAGGGAGCGUUAACAGCCGUGUCAUCAGGUGUCAUCUUUAUGCUGUGGAUUGGUGUGGGGUACCAGGUUCACAAGCCUCCUGUUGCGCCCUUCUCUCCCACUAGUCUUGUUGGCUGUAACUGGAACCUUACUGACACUAACUUCACACAGCCAUUGGCUUCCGUCCUCACCAACGCCACUGUUGCCCCCGCUCCAGAGUACUCUACUUGGGAUCCGUUUGUGCGUCUGUACUCUCUAUCCUACCUGUGGUACAGCGCCACAGCCAUGCUGUAUACGGUCUGUGUUGGCCUCAUUGUCAGCUUCGCUACAGGUCGAACUGACCCCAAGUCACUUGACCCUAAACUCAUGUGUCCAUUAUUUGACACCCUAAUGCCAUUUCUUCCUGAGAAAAUCCUCAAACCAUUACGAUUUGGAGUCGACUACUCGAAGAUGAGGGAACAGGACGAGGCGGCGACACGGGAUGAAAUGGAGAUAUUUGUGGAUAAAAAUAACCCGGAUUUGACAGACGUGAACGGUCGACCAUCUUGACCACGUGGGCGAUGGUAGAAAUAGAGAGAGAGAGAAGGGAGGAAAUUUCUAACAAUUGCUCAAAAACAAAAAAGAUUUAUGUAAAUUUGGUUGUUUUAUAAAAAAUAAUGAGGGCGAACACCAGGUCCGGUUCCAGAUGUUUAUUAGGUUAAACCCUAAAGACCAAUUUACGGGACAAGGUGUUCAUAAUCUGGACGGAGGUUUCAAUCGUCCGUAAUGGUCAAUGUCCCCUUUGUCCACUGAAAACCCGCCAAAUACAGACAAAGACCAAAGAACGAAAACGAGACAAUAACUGGACAUACGUAGACACACUACGUCACACGGGCAAACUAAACAUAUAGACGCAACAUAUAUACAUACAUUUAUAACGAUCACAGACGACGCGGAAAUCCAAACGGCGCGACGCUAGACAACGGCGGCCAAAAUUACCUAAAACUUAACCCUAUUACAUUUAGGCGGAUAUUGUCAUGCAUCGUAUCCUCUCAAUGUUUGAACGAGUUGCUGUAUGUGACGUCAUUCAGAUGUAAAACAUGUUUUGGUGUAUGUAAACGACAUUUAAGUGUCACUGUUGCGAUACAUAUUAACUGUGUAUACGUGUUGCACAUAUGUUCGUGUAUCAUUAGAAGAAAUGUUGUAAGGUGAAUUCAUUUCAGUACAACCGGAUGCAAAUUUGGUUGAAACAGGUCCAGACUCCCAUCCAAAGGAGGGCCAUCCCUGUACAUGUUUUUACUUCUAUUUUUGUUUUUACAAGGACCAAAAGGUUCGUACUAUCAAAGCCAGGGUCAUAUCGUAAGAUAGCCGUAGUACCUGAAAAUUCACAAUAAAGGAUGUAUGAAGGUCAGGUUUAACCGGAAGUAGUGCAUAACUCAGUAUGAAAUAUAUUUCAGUGAAUUAUCUUAUCGUUGCGCUUCUAUAAAAACUUUUUAUUAAUCUGUAAUACUACUUACUGUCUAAAAUACAGUGCUCAACGUGACGUUUGACGAAUGAUUGACUUGUUCACUACAUAUAGUAGUUGACGUCGUGAUUCAAUUAAUAGCAUCGACGAUUUCAACAUUUAAGACAAUUCUAUGAACUUUCAGAAUAUUUCAACAUUAAGACAAUUCUAUGAACCUUCAGUAGAUUUCAACAUUUAAGACAAUUCUAUGAACUUUCAGUAUAUUUCAACAUAAAGACAAUUCUAUGAACCUUCAGUAGAUUUCAACAUUUAAGACAAUUCUAUGAACUUUCAGUAUAUUUCAGCAUUUAAGACAAUUCUAUGAACCUUCAGAAGACUUCAAAAAAAAUUUAAGUGAAUUAUUACCACAAAUCAAAGUUUUAAAUUAGUGCAAUCCUGGCUUGGCUGAUCGAUAACUUUCAUUUUAAGGACCCUAAUAUAGAUAUUUCUCUAUGUUUCUUCAUAAUAAAAAGGGUUUUUUUUAAUGAAAAUUAGAAAAGAAGAAUGAAAAAUAAGUAUACUGAUAAAAAAACUAAGUAAACAACCUUUUUUCAAUCAUCAACCCUAACAGAUAUUUCUGGAAGCAGAAAGUCAUUAAAUAUCUUUAGAACCUUUUUUUAGAUAUAAGACUUAAGCCAUUGCUGAACAAAAUCAGAGUUUUGUUGGUAUGUUGUUUUAAGCUUGUAAAAUCAAAUGAAAAUUUAUGAUUUUCUUGGUACCUACUCGCGUGCUAUCUGAGUAUGAUUUUAUAACAUUUCAAUUACAGUGAAAUUUGGAGGGGGAAAUUGACCUGAAAACAACAAAUACCUGCUAUUUGUAAGAAAAAAUGAUAAUAAAACAAAAAUUGUGAAAAUGA